AGCUCCUUUACAGGCAUGGAGAACGUCGUUUUUUGCAAAGGUGCUUUUCCCGCCGGCGCACAAGCUUCCCUUGUGCAAAAGAGUACUAACUGCUUUAGCUUUAUCGCUAGAGACACAACUAGCUUUAUUUGUUUCUCACAUAGAAUGAAUUCACUUUCGUGUGAUGUCUCAAAGUCAACUUCGUUGAAUGUAUAAUUUUGUUAGUCUGUAAUUUUGGUUGUUGAACAGCCCUAGAGCUAGACGUAGAAUCAAGUGGUUUUCAUCACAUUUGUUCCUGGUCGCCGUGCCGCGAAAAUAAAGCACGGCGAUGGUCCGGGUAAAAAUUUCGUUGCUGCUCGUCCUGCAGAACGCAUACGCCAGCGCUGACCGUGCUACAAACCUCGAUGAAAAUAAAGGCGAAGUGGUCAGCACGGACGCCGUUCGCGCCAAAGAACACGAGGGUAACAAACGAGAAACAAACGCGUUUGUUAUCGAGGAUAUCACCAACGAUGAUAGCUUCUUCAACUACACCGCAUCAAGAACUACUACCAAAAGUUCUCCCACUACCGGUAGUUCCGAGCAGCAGGCAGCCUUGCCCGCCGCCACUUCGUGCACACCCGCGAAGUUUUGCUUUUGGAUGCUGGAAGAUGGCAAACCCACGCCGGUGUACCUGGUGACUUGGAAACAGCGGAUGGAUGUGAACACAUCGAAAACAACCUGGGGAACAAAGAUUGAUGUUCCGGUGAGGAAUUCUACUUCACAAGAGUCGGAUCUUCCCGCAAUCACAGUCGGCACGACCGGGUUCCGGGUGAACCGGCUCAGGCAGGACGUGCGGUUCGGCCCCGGUUGGGACCGGCUGCCGAUGUACCACGAGGGAUUUUACCUGACCAAGAUCCCGUAUGGAAGUGUCAGGAUUGAAAUCGUCAAAGUUGAAAUAGUUUGCCAUGCAUAAACUGCAGCCCUCAGAGCGCCUGUCUUGCAGAGUAGGCAAGUGAUAGCGAGGCAGAUUGUGGGCCUGUUGAGGAGUAGAAACUGAGCACUGCGAAAGUAGCAUGACAAAAGGCGUCUUCCUUACCGAAACACCAUGACAAACUGGAUUUCGGUUCUACCCAAAUUUGUCAUGCGCCACUUGGACUUUCAUCCAUUUUAUGCAUUGCAAGUUAUUUCAACUUUGUCGAUUUCAAUUAUCCUGACACAUCCAUAUCCCGCCCGGGCAGCCGACCCCCGACGAGGAGGCCUUCUGGGACGACCCGGCGGGGCCGGACGUGGUGCCACAGAAAAAGCUGACGCGGUGGAAGUUCCCCCCGGGGACGGCCCUGCAGUUGACGAUUGAUCGCGGGCGGAAGGAUAUCCAAGAAAAAAACUGUGUAUUGUAGGUGUAACUUUCUUGAACUUGAAGGAAUAGCAUGACAAGUUUUCUCUGCAUGACACAGAAAACCAGCUAUGCGUAGCUGGUACGUGGAAACACGUACGAAAAGAGCCUCUGAUGCAUGUCCAGCAUGACAGGUGUAAGUGUCUUGCAUCGUUUGCAACACAAAGCUACACUUCUUACACAGUUUUUUUCUUUUUAUAAAGGAACCCGGGCACGUUUGCAUGAUCAACGCCUACUUUAUCGACGGCAACAUGUCCCCCAACCCCGGGCCGCGCAAAGACUACUACUGCGACGAGAAGGACUGGCUGGGGGACCCGUCGGGGCCCAUUCCGCCCUGUUGGACCUACCAGAUCGUCACCGAGGGCCCCCAGGGCUGGACCGCGGGCGUCAGCAGCCUGGUUCUGAUGCGCGACGUGCCCGAUCAACUGGCUCCGGUCCGCGGCUGGAAGUGGCCGCGGCAGGAACGGUUACCCGAGGAAAGCACAAACAAGUGCGCAGUCCUGCACCAGCGCGACAGUUUAGUACCGGACGAAACUUUAGUAACUGCGGUCACCGGGGACCACAAGGCGCGGUCGGGCAUCACGCAGGACCAGUGUCUGGAGCUGUGCGCGGCCACGCCAAAGUGCACAGAGUUCGUGCACAAGCCGAGCGGUGAGGGGCGGAAAAAGGAGAUCAAUUGCUGGGGGAAGAAUGCAAACGCAGGACCGGCUUCAAGAGAAGAUGAUGCCACAGGAGGAGAUAAAGACUCGAGUUCUACUAGCGCACGGAAAAAAAGUACUGGACGAACUAAAGAACCAACACAGCACCAGUUCCAUGUGUACAGCCCAAACACCAACGUGGGUCUCGUGACUGCGGAGUGCCGCACGCACGUCCUGAAUACGGUGGUGGCGCUGGACGACGGGCGACAACUGUUUUCCCGGGAAGGCCAGAUGCCGUUUGACAUGAAAUCGCUGCCCUUCGACCCGAGGUGGCACCAUUACGACUCUUCAGACUCGUCUAGCACUACCUCCAAAUCCAAAGUAGACGGUGACUAUUUUCCGGAACGAAAAGCAGGAGCAAAACAACGACAAGCCGCGAACGCCUACUACGCUCGCUUUGACGGUCUUCCUGGACAACCUCUACCGCAGGGGGAGCUCGAGCGAACCAGUUUCGCGCUCCGGGUCGGCGAGACGAAAGAUGCGUCCGGAGGCGAAUGGAACCUUGUUGGGCCGGAUCGUGAAAGCAAGUUCUUCGGGCAAGUGAGAAACGUGCACCACGAGAACGUGCCCGGCGGCGCUUCGUUUUCCAAAGCCACCGAGAAGCUAGCGGACACCGGGGGGAUACUGACCUUUCAUUUCCACACGCCAAAUACCUAUUGGGAGUACAGACGCGGCGCGACAAAGCGUGUAGAUUGGGAGUACGGGGACGGCCGCGCUCGCGAUCCAAGUCACUUGUUUGACAUGGCCAUUGGGCGAAUUGAAUUAUGCUCCAACGUGAAGGACUAG